AUGUUGAAGCGUCCAAAGGGCUCAGCACGCAAAAUCUGUUUCUCCCUCGUUCACCAGUACAUUCAACAUUUCAAUGAGAAAACUGGCAACAAAUCGGCUGCCAUCCGGAGAAGAUCUAAAAUUCCAGGGGUGGUCAUCACACAAUACACAGUGAGCAUACCAGAGGGGAAAUGUUGCCCCGAUUUGAAACGUAAACUAAACCCAGUAAAUGUCCAAGAAGGGAAAUUGGGUGUUUUUAAGGCUUUGGUAAUCGGAGAACCCAAGCCUGAAGUGACAUGGAAAAGAGUAAGAGGCAAUAUUUCAGAUAAGGAAAAAUAUCAGACAAAAUACGAUGACACAACGGGGGAGUAUAUAUUGGAGGUUCAUGCAGUAACGGGUUCGGACGCAGACACAUACAAAUGCAUUGCGGUGAACGAAUAUGGAAAAGCUAUUUGCUCCACAACACUAAAUGUCACAGACCUUGUAACCGAUCCGUCAGAUUUCAGAAAAUUGCUGAGAAAAACAAAGACAAAUGUUUCCAAGGAAAACCAGAAAGAGAAACUCAAAGAAAAGAACGACAGAUAUCAGGAUCAUGUGGAGCGGGACUAUGACGGACUAGGCACAAAAGAUCUGCAAUUGAUCAACUUGAAAAUGGAGGAGAAGAGGCAGCGACCGCUAAAAUGUCAGAGAGAAAUGAGUCCUGAUGACGACUUGGGAACAAAAAAGGAACCUGCAAGUAGCACAAGUGCAACGGAUGUUCCCAAUUUGGACUUUGUUGUCAAACUUCAAGAGGCGGUAACCGAAGAAAAAGACACUGCUCUUUUCGAAUGUGUCCUGACCCACCCAAUCCCCAAGAUCACAUGGAUGAACAAUGGCAACGUGCUGGAAGAUGGUGAAAAAUAUAAAAUCACAGUGUCAGACCACAAAAUGAUCCACAGGUUGCUGAUCCACGACUGUUCAGACCAGGACAAAGGUCUGUACUCAGCCGUGGCUGGAAAUGCCUCAUGCACAGCUUCAUUAGCUGUAGAAGCUGACCUCGAGGCAUCCGGCAAGAAAAAAACUGGAGGCGCAGGGAUAGACCUCGAGGAGGUGGUCAAACAACAGCGAAUCAAGAACCAAGAAGAAAUGCAGAACAUUUUGGAGGGCGUCAAAGCAAGUCACGACGGAGGGGAAGUGACAGAGCUGAGGACAUCAUCCACGACUGGAAAAGAUGGAGAAAUCAUUUCUUUUAGCGGGCCCGUAGAAUACAACAAAAGUGACCUCCACGAUGCAAACAAUAAUAGCAACAUUCUCAACUCCGUGCUCAAUGAACUUCCACCAUCGGCACAGGAAGUGGAAAAUGAUGAGAUCUUGUUAAAUGAAGACAGCGAGGCGAAAGAUACGAUUGGCUUCGCCACGCAACCGAGGCGUAAAAGAAUUGGCCCACUGAUUCAAGACGCAGUCAUUGAUCCAGGGGUUCAGUUCAUCUGGGGAUUGUCUGACACCGACGCCAUCAUUGGUGAGAACGCAGAGCUAACCUGCAAGCUUAGCAAGGAAGACUGCGAGGGAAUCUGGUUCCGAGAUGGCGAAAAGAUCAUCACUGAUGACACGUUUCUAGUAUCUAAAGAUGGUGCGAUUCACAAAUUGCUCAUAAGCAAAUGCAAGGAAGAGCACUCGGGGAAAUAUCGUUUUGAGGUGGACAAUCGUAAGACGGAGGCCGUGGUCAACGUCAAAGAUCCUCCGAGGUUCGACCCAGAAGACCUCCGUGCAUUCACUGAGCCAUUGAGAAUCAAAAUAGGGCACAACGCGGUCUUUAAACUAAAUUUUCUCGGCUUCGAGCCCAUUAAGAUCCAGUGGUACAGGGAGGGAGAGGAGUUACAUGACGACGCUAGCAGCACGCUGAUAGAUAAAUCGACCAAUCACAGCCGCCUGUUGCUGAGCAGAUGCCAGAGAAGGGACUCGGGAGAGAUCAAGAUCAAGCUAAAAAACGAGCAUGGCACCGCCGAGGCAAUAACAGAGCUCAUUGUGCUUGACAAACCCACUACCCCACAGGGCCCUGCAGAGAUAACACUGAGUUCAGCUACAUGCAUUGAAUUUAAGUGGAGGCCUCCAAAGGAUGAUGGCGGCUCGCCCGUGCUGAAUUACGUCAUGGAGCGACAACAGAUUGGGAGAAACACUUGGAAGAAAAUAGGAGAGAUUCCAGGCGACCCCUUUUACCGCGACACGGACGUGGACCGGGGACGCAAGUACUGCUACAGAAUUCGAGCUUUGACCUCAGAGGGAGUGAGCGAAGUGAUGGAGACUGAAGACCUGCAGGCCGGCAUACUGGCCUUCCCGAGUGCCCCUGCGCCUCCAAAGGUGGUUCGUGCCUUUGAUGACUGCAUUAACCUUUCUUGGACGGCACCAAGUAAUACGGGAGGCUCACAAAUUCUUGGCUACGUUGUGGAGAAACGCAAAAAAGGAAGUAAUCUCUGGACUGUGGUCAAUGCCUCGAAUGAGCCAAUAAAAGAGAAGAAAUGCGCAGUGAAGGAUGUUGUGGCAGGUCUGGAAUAUGAAUUCAGAGUUUUGGCCGUCAACCUCUCGGGACCCGGGGAAUUUAGCAACCCGUGUGACUUUGUUUUCGCACGGGACCCCAAAAAGCCUCCUGGUAAAGUUAUCGACCUAAAAGUGACAGAAACGUCAUACAACCACUUUGUCUUGACCUGGACCAAACCUAAGGACAAGCCCGACGUAGAGGAUGAAGCGAAAGGAUAUUUUGUUGAGAUAAGGAACGCGCAGUGUCUCGAAUGGUCACGAACUUUUACCAUCACCACCACCUACACUGUAAAAGGCCUGAGGGCAAUGGACAUGUACUGGGUCAGAGUCAUUGCGACCAACGAUGGAGGAGAGGGUGAAACUGAGGAGUUGCCCAACUACGUCCUUGCAGUGCCACCCCUUGUGAGGCCAAAGUUCACGAACAAAAAAAUGAAAACAUUCAUGGUGGUGAGGGCAGGAAACACUGUCCGGGUGACCAUCAACUUUGAGGCUUCCCCACCACCAGACAUCAUGUGGCUCAAGGACAACGGGCCUGUGCCGAAGCGAGUCACCGUGAGUAACUCCGAUGGCGCUUCCCAAAUGUUGAUCCCUUCAUCAGACCGCUCGGAUUCCGGCGUCUACUCUAUUUUGGUGAAAAAUAUGGCAGGACAGGAGAGCUUCAGUACGGAAGUCAGGGUCACAGACGAUCCGAAGCCUCCUGGACCAGUGGAAGUGGAGGGAAACGUGCCUGGCACCGUGCAAGUGACUUGGCAGCCUUCACCGGAUGAGAAACUCGAUGACCGGCUGCAUUACACGGUUUCCAAACUGGAUUCAACCAAACACACGUGGACCACGGUGGCCGACAGACUGUUCAAUAACAGGUUCACCGUCUGCAAUAUCAUGCCCGGGAGGGAAUACAACUUCCGCGUCUACGCCAAGAACGACAUGGGCGUGUCGGCACCCUCUGAGUCACUCACCUGGGCGGUGGGGAGAAAGAAAGAAAAGCUUUCGCUGAUCCUACCGAACAGAGAAGAACGCGACCUGCGAUGUGCUCCAGACUUCAUCGUGCCCUUAAAGCUUCACGCGGCGCCGAAAGGCUAUGAAUGCUACAUGAGCUGCGCUGUGACGGGAAACCCCAAACCUCGCAUCACGUGGUACCGGAAUCACGUCAACCUGAACACCAACACCAAUUAUUACAUCUCGAACACCUGUGGAGUUUGCUCAAUGUUGAUCCUCAGCGUUGGCCCCAAAGAUGUGGGAAAAUUCACGGUCACAGCAGAGAACUCCCUGGGCCGAUCCGAAUGUUCCACCAUGCUCAGUGUCAGAGAGUGAAGAAUCUGACGGCAACCAAGAUUGUUUUUCCCCCCACCCCCCACUCAGAUGAUAUUGUUGAUGUGGCUGUGCCGCUUGAAUAUUAUCCAUCAGUAAUAUGGCAGCAUAUUUGAGUUUGUUAAAAAAAGAGAAAUAAAUGUUUUCCUGGUCACGUUUUUGUUGGAGUGAUUAAAUCCAUCCAUCCAUUCUUCCAUCCAUUUUCUGAGCCACUUAUCCUCACGAGGGUGGCGGGAGUGCUGGAGCUUAUCCCAGCAGUCAUCAAGCAGGAGGCGGGGUACACCCUGAACUGGUUGCCAGAAAAUCGCAUGGCAGAUAGAGACAGACAGCUUUUGCAUUCACAAAUCACACCUAGGGGCAAUUUAGAGUCUCCAUUGAAUGCUCGUUUUUGGGAUGUGGGAGGAAACCGGAGCGACCGGAGAAAACCCAGGCAGGCACGGGGAGAACAUGCAAACUCCACACAGGCGAGGCCGACCAUGCUCUCAGAUUUGGAGGUGAUGAUUCUCAUCCUAGAUCCUUCACAUUUGGCUGAGAAAAAAAAUCCAGCGAGAGUCGGAGAUCAUGGCUUGAUGAAGCCAACAGAACCACAUCACUGACGCCACCAAAUUGGUCCAACUCUUCACUUCGGCAGUCCAUAAGAGUUAGCAACGGUGACAAAGGGCAGCCUUGGCGGAGUCCAACCCUCACCGGAAACGAGUCGGACUUACUGUCAGCAAUGCAGACACUGCACGUACAGGGACAGAUGAUCCCGUAUGAGGGGGUUCAGUCCCCCAUACUCCUGAAGCACCCCCAACAGGACUUCCCGAAGGACACGGUGGAAUGCUUUCAAGUCCACAAAACACAUAUGGAGUGGUUGGGCAAAGUCAGGAACCUGCUCAUGGCGUUGAGCUGGUCCACUGGUCCACGGCCGAGAUGAAAACCGCACUGCUCCUCCUGAAUCUGAGAUUUUACCUCCUGACUGAUCCUCCUCUCCGGGAAUCCUGA